AAAGAAUUUGGUUUACGGAUGAAUUUAAAAAAACUAAAAUUUGACAGUUUAGUGUUUCUAGUUACUUUAGUGUUACUGGUGCCAUCGGUAUUUUGCAAAAAUUGGUCAGAAUAUUUGACAUACGAUCAAAUAUACAACAGCACCAACUAUGCGCAAAUACCUGAGACACCUUACAGCAUACAGCCAUCACAUAGUCAUAGUACAAUUAGAUAUAAUGAUAGAGAUGACACCAAAGUUAAUGUAAAUAGCUUAAGAGCAAACGACAACUCUAGAAACAAUCAGUUACUGGUUGGGUAUUCACACGACCCUUACAGAUACUCAAUACCAGAGGGUGAUUACAUUAAAGGUGUGAGGAACAUAGACCCUAAGGCGUAUAUAAAUAAAAAUGAAAGUCGCGGCAAGAGAGGAGUACUCCAUUUGUAUAACAUGAUAUUCUGUGCUACGGGCUGCGAACCCUUGGCCUACAAAGGAUAUGGUUGCUACUGCGGCUUCCUUGGCUCAGGUCGACCUACUGAUGGGAUUGAUAAUUGCUGUCGACUCCACGACGAGUGCUACGAGAAUAUCUACUGUCCAUUUUACACGGUGUACUUCCAACCCUACUAUUGGAAAUGCUACCACAACCAGCCGCUCUGUGCGCUAGAGAACUACCAGACACGACAUAACUUUAUUAACGGCUGUGCGGCACGACUCUGUGAAUGUGACAGGAAGUUUGCAAUGUGUGUCAAAAAAUUCUCUUGUCCUAGAGGACGUGCACUUUGUCACUCUUCUCCGUUAAGAUUAUUGCAAAAUUUACUCAUGUUCAGAUAGGGCCAUAUUUAAUAAUAGUGAAUAUUUGU